UGUGGACACGUGUGUAUCCAUGAGUGUGUGUGUGUGUGUGUGUGUGUGUGAUCAGGGGACUAUGAUGCAUUGGAACUUGGUGUAGUAGUAAGGGUCUGAUGAGAGAAGCCAACAUGAUCGGAUGCAGUGAGCGGCGCGCUCGUGCACCCACGAGGAGGAGUUUUUAAAUCCGCAUGCGUUUCCUCUCACGCACAGCUCUCGCACCCAAGCAGUGAGUCGCGCAGUCUCGCGCAGCGCCGGAGAAUUGCGGCACGGCUCGCAAGCGCGCGCGCGCGCUCGGGAUGUCCUCUUGGCCGGUGCGUGUGCACGGGAGCGCUGCAAUCGCUCGUGCGUAGAGCUGGCAGGCACCGUGGCUGCAAGGUCGGUUUGCGACUAUCCUCCUCCUCAUCCUCCACAUCACCCAGAUCCGCAUCCAGCCGUCGUUCCCUGCGCCGCGGCAACCGGGAGCGCGAGCAUGGUGGCCAAGGAUUACCCGUUUUACCUGGUGGUGAAGAGAACCAACUGCUCGCUCGAGGUGCAGACGGUGAGCAGCGCGAGCAAAGAAGCCGAGGAGCCUAGCAACAAGCGAGCGAAGCCUCUCUCUCGAGUCACGUCGCUGGCUAACCUCAUCCCGCCAGUCAAAGCUGCUCCACUAAAGCGUAUCGGACAGACAUUACAGCGCUCCAUCAGCUUCCGCAGCGAAAGCAGGACAGAGAUCAUGCCUCCUCGGCCGUGGAGCAGACAGGCACCGGCGGCCAACACCAAGCGCAGAGACAGCAAGCUGUGGAGUGAGACCUUCGAUGUAGGACUGGGACAGAUGCUGUCCUCGAAAGAGAUUAAAAGGCAGGAGGCUAUAUUUGAGCUGUCCCAAGGCGAGCAGGACCUGAUUGAAGACCUCAAGCUGGCCAAAAAGGCCUACCAUGAUCCGAUGCUGAAGCUCUCCAUUAUGACGGAACAAGAGCUCAAUCAGAUAUUCGGCACCCUGGACUCUCUCAUCCCGCUUCACGAAGAUCUUUUGAGUCGGCUCAGAGAGGCCAGGAAACCUGAUGGCUCUACUGACCAUGUGGGCCAUAUUUUAGUGAGCUGGUUGCCCUGCCUGGACUCCUACAACAGCUACUGCAGCAACCAGGUGGCCGCGAAAGCCUUACUGGACCAUAAAAAACAGGACCAUCGGGUGCACGACUUCCUGCAACGCUGUCUGGAGUCGCCCUUCAGUCGCAAGCUGGACCUGUGGAACUUUCUGGACAUCCCACGCAGCCGGCUCGUCAAAUAUCCUCUUCUGCUACGAGAGAUUCUCAAACACACGCCCAACGACCACCCGGACCGCCAGCAUCUGGAUGAGGCUAUCAACAUGAUCCAGAGCAUCGUGGCCGAGAUUAACAUCAAGACAGGCGAGUCAGAGUGCCGUUAUUAUAAAGAGCGUCUGCUCUACCUGGAGGAGAGCCAGCGAGACCUGCUGAUUGACAGCUCUCGCAUUCUCAGCUGCCAUGGGGAGCUGAAGAACAACAGAGGAGCUAAGCUACACGUGUUCCUGUUCCAAGAUGUGCUGGUGAUCACACGGGCCGUCACCCAUAACGAACAGCUCUGCUAUCAGCUCUACCGGCAGCCCAUCCCCGUGCGGGAUCUUGAAUGGGAGGACCUGCAGGAUGGCGAGAUCCGCCUGGGCGGCUCCAUCAGAGGUGCUUUCAGCAACACAGAGAGAACCAAGAACUUUUUCCGGGUCACGUUCAGUAGCGGCGGUCAGCUCCAGUCCCAUUCCUUCCAAGCCAGCGACGCCUUCAACAAGCAACAGUGGCUGAACUGCAUACGACAGGCUAAACUAGCAACAGGCUCUCAACCUUCCCAGCACACGGCCCCGUGCAGGACAAAAGCGAAGAGCGCAUGGACCAAAGCGACAGCGAUUCCUCAGAUUGUAGCAUGGACACUAGCGAUCCUGGUGCUGAGGCUGGAACGCAGCUGAUGGAGCACACACACGUGAAAGUGUGAACGGCGCGCCAUCGCCCGAGCGAGACCAGACAUCUGUAAUCAUCUCCGCUCACCAAACCGACCUGUACAGUAUUGUCACGGAGAAGCUGUCUGUACUUCAGUAAAUGCCACAGAGUAGGGAGGGCGCUACUUUUUUCCGCCACUAUGUUAUUCUUCACGUCUCUUUCUUUCCGUCUGUCUCUCUCUGUGGUGCAUUCUGUCGCACUCCCAACUGUGAAACUGUCAGGUUUCCUGUCGUCCAGUGAACAGGAUUCGGGUGAAGAGGACUCACUGAUCGAUUUUGUCAUUGUUCAUGAAAUGAAAGUGGUCCUCUCAGGAGAAGAAAGACUCCAUGUUGAAAGAUGUACUAUAUUUAUGUCCACAGACUGUGUUAUGUCUGCAGUAACCACCCAGACAAAACGACCGGAGGAAUGUUUUUUUUUUGUUGUUGUUUUUUCCAUUAAAAUCAAAAAGUGUUUUUACAGGGGCUCACAGUGUUUUAAAGCCCAAAGAGUUACAUGUCUUGAGACUUGAGUUCUUGAAGAUUAUAAAUGCUUUCGAAACUGUCAAAGACCAAACAACGAUGAGAGAGAAGCCAAAACCCGUGCAGCUUUGUGAUGAUCGUGUUUCUACACGUCUCGUGUAACCGUGUCCACAUGCUGUAUCCCAAAAAAGAAAAGCUGUUUGUACUUUAAAAGCUAUAGCCAUCAUCGAAGUUGAGCAGACAGUGGAGCCCAAUUUCAUUAAAGCACUUUGAUUGAGAAUAAAUGUAUAUUUGCCAGUUUUGGCAGAAAAAAUCAGGAAGAAAAAAAAACGCAGCAAAGGGCGUGAGUUUUGUAAAAAUGUAGCCAACGCGCACUCAUUUGGUGUAGUAAUCGCUUGUGCCGUGUUGCUCAGCAUAACUCGUGUCUUUUCCCCAGGUGUCUUUGGUGUUUGUAUCUGUGUGAGAGCCAGUGUAUCACAUCCUGAUCUGCGGAAAAGCUUUGCCAGAAAGUGUUUUAAUCCUGUGCGAGUUUACCUGUGGGCUCACGUCGUUUAGAAUUACCAUCUCUACUAUAGAAAUUAUUCAGACUACAGUGUUAUGUUUUUUUGGGGCUUUUUUUUUUUUUUUAAAGAAAUGUAUUAAAUUUUAUGCAGUAGUGUGGUUAUUUAUAGCUUAUUUUUGAACUUGACCUAACUAUGCUGUUUGUUUAAUCCAAGUGCUCAAAGAAACAGAAAGUGUUACUGCAGGUGAGCUAAAUGGAGAUUUUUCGAUGUGACUGGAUUUAAACAUGUGGUUAAGAUGCGGUUUGAACGGAGGUCAAAGCCAUACAGAGAAAAGCACGGUAUGUGUGAAUGUCGAUGGAAAAAGCCGGGAAGUGUGAAAUGAGUUCCAAAUAAACGAUUAAAAACA